UCCUACUUUCUUUAUGCAACUUUUAUCAAAGAAAUUACCCCUCAGCUUGGGGGGACCUGGCUCGUGCGUGGGGUUGGGAGAUGCCCAGAACUUCCUGGGGGUGAUAGGCUGCUCGUCUGGGGCUGGAGGGGCUCUCCGGGGUGGGGCCCUGUGCUAGGUUCCUUGGCGCGGCGUGGGGCUUCGUGCUGACCCCCCAGCGUUGCGUGGGGCUUCAUGCUGGGCCCUCUGGCGUGGCGUGGGGCUCCAUGCUGGGCCCCCUGGCGUGGCGUGGGGCUUCAUGCUGGGCCCCCUGGCGCGGCGUGGGGCUUCGUACCGACACCCCUGGCAAUUAUCGUUAAAAGUGUCAAAUAAAAACAAAUUAAUUUUAAAUUCUGAUGUUUUUUUAAUCUUUUUUUUUGCCAAAAUUCUAAAACGUGUCAUUUCCAAGGUCAUAUUUUCUGCAGAAUAGCAGAAGUUUAAUAGAAAUUCACCUCUGAGUUGUGUUGGCAUGGAGCAACCCCGCCCCCUUUCCCACCCCCAUAGUUAGUGGCCAGCCGAGUGUAUUAUCUACAUCACAAAUCAUUUUUUUUAGUCAUCUGCACUUUUGCAUCUGCUCCUGAUUCACAACAAUUCAAAUCAAGAAAUACUCAUAAAUUGAAUAGUUUGAGCUUAAUUUUCUCCCAUCAAUAAAGAAAAGCUCCAAGGCAUCAUGUUAGUGAGUGGGUCUUUAAACUAGAAUAACAGAGACAAACUUUAAAAGAAAUCACCAGAAAAGAGGAUCAAACUAAGUUAAAUGAAAAUAUGAUUAAAAAAAAAGAAUAUUUAUGUCUUUCCAAACCAGGGUCACAGGGGUCAGCUGACGCCAUCCAUCCUUGAGGCAGGCGGGGUGCACCCCCUGCAUGGGUCAUCAGCCCAUUACAGGACACUUUAAUUAUUCCUGAGGGGACAUUAAAACAUGGGGAUGAAAAUGUUGGAAAGUCGUGUGGAGAUUACUGCAGCAGCAGGCAGGAAGGAUCUUCUGUCAUCGGAGAACCCAAAACACCGGAAUGUUUGACAUUAAUAAAAGGGAACAACUGGUUCUGCUGAGCUAAACCAAGUUCCCAUGGGGACUCUGGCGCUGCAGGAGGCCCGGCUGCACUCAUCCACACAUUAGUCUCUGUGGUAACGUCAUGCAUGGCUGAAGGGCGACAUUGUGCAUCGCACUGCAGAGUGGGGGGUCUUGGUUUCACGCUCUGCAGGGGGGAGCUAACGUUACAUGAGAGUGAAUCUAGGUGAUGACAUUGCCCCCCCCCCCACCUCUGUGGAGGACCUGUCCAAGGUAAAACUGGAGUUCAGCGGACCGACGUGGGUUCGUGUGAGUCAUCGGCGUCAGGUUUCAAACCGGAGAUUGAUUCUGGAUCUGAGGGUCUUUGAGUUUUCACUGGAUCCAGAUUAUGCGAGGAGAACUCACGCCGCGGUGGACGUGGAGUCGCCUGAUGACUGAAGAGAUCUGCAUUCGGUGAGGAUCCUGUGAAAUCAACACAUGGAGAAAAAAUAUCCACCCAUCGCAGGGAAAGAAAGAGGACCAGGACCCGGCCGAUACGGACUCCCUCCCACCAUCGGGUUUAUCGGCCACGACUUCACCAAAUCCACCAGCCCUGCUUACUCCUUCCACGGCAGUUUGAGCAAAAAGAUGUACCAUGUUGACUCCAGUCCAGGACCGCGGUAUCACGUCAACGCCAAACUGACCCGUUUUGGGAAGGACGGCACGCCUUCAUAUUCCAUGUUGGGCAGAAGGAAACCUCAGAAAGAGCUGUGCCGCACUCCUGGACCUGGUGCCUACAGUCCAGAGAAGGCGCCGCCAUGCGGCCUCCAGCGCACGCCGCCGUCCUACACCAUGGGCUCCCGGACGCAGUACCGCGGCGUGGACCAGGUCCCUGCUCCAAACAAAUACUCGCUCCCUCCUCUGCUGGGCCCCCACGUCCCGAACAAACCAGCCAGCGCAAACUACUCCAUGUCCGGCAGCUACAGCGCAGGAGGCGCGUCCGUGGAUCUGGCCAGGACGCCGGGGCCGUGCGGGUACAACUGCACCGCCCCCAGCGUCUACCUGCCCCGCCAGCCCGCCUUCUCCAUCCUGGGGCGCCACGGCUUACCCAGGGACGGCGCCGAGAAACCCGGACCGGGAGCGUACAACCCAGAGAGGGUCACGGUGCACAAAGCCCGCGCCCCCGCCUACUCCAUGGGGAUCCGGCACUCGGAGUUCGUCACGCCGCUGGUGGUCGGCGUCUCCGACUGAGCGGCAAACAGGAAGAGUCGAUACCAAACACCACACGCUCGUCUAAUAAAUAAUAUUUAUUUUCCUGCUCGAGUAACAAACUACAACUCACUCCAUAAACAAACACAGAAAGAACAAAGCAGACAGACGUGAACUUUAUUCUGAAAAAUACCCAGCGGGCCUUUUCAAAAUAAAGCUUUUCUUAACUGACGGGGGAUGUGGGAAUCGAAUCCUCACAUUUCAAAAGUGUUUUAAACUGAACUGCAGCUUCACAUCGUUCAGAAAGUCGCCGUUCGUUUUAGAAUCAGGUUUCCUUGAAACUGAAGAGAAUCUGACGGAACUAAUCAGCUUGUCUUCACAUCAGAAACGUCCGUGGACGAGAAGGUCGCGUCCCUCAGCAGCACCAAAGAGCUUCUCUAGAGGCUUCGUCUAUU